AGCCCUGCAGCCGAGAGAGCCCGCUUCACUCCAGCACGCCAGGCUCCCAGCUGCUGCCUUGCCUCCUCGGACUCCCGAGGGGCUCCUGAUUCAGCUCCCUGGGCUCCCCGCCUUCUCAUCCGCGCGCCACUGGCGUCCCCACGUCCCCCAGGAGACGCCCUUUCCCCGCGCGCCCGGGACUUGGUGAAACUUUGCAGACACCGUCGGUGAGAUGGAUUUAACCCCAACCUUCUUGCUCCGUUUCUUGCUCCUGGCCUGCAGCCUCCCACUCAACGCCGUGUCACUCCGAACCGCUCUGCGAAAAUCAGGCAAAUUGGGGCCUCCUCUUGAGAUCAAGCUGGGAGCCUUGAACUGUACAGCUUUCAACAUCCAGUGGAAAACACCGAAGCAUUCUGGUAGCCCCGUCAUUGGGUACACAGUAUUUUUCUCUGAGGUUGGUUCAGAUAAGUCUCUCCAAGAGCGGUCACACAAUGUACCUGCUGGCCAGGACACCCUAAUCACUGAGGAAGUGAUUGGAGAUUUGAAGCCAGGCACUGAAUACCGAGUGAGCAUAGCUGCUUACAGCCAGACUGGCAAAGGGAGACUUAGCUUUCCUCGGCAUGUGACCACUUUGUCUCAAGAUUCCUGCCUGCCCCCUGAAGCACCCUACCAGCCACAUGUCCUUGUGGUUUCUGAUUCUGAAGUGGCCCUCUCUUGGAAACCUGGAGAGAAUGAAGGAAGUGCCCCAAUUCAGUCCUACUCUGUGGAGUUCAUUAGGCCAGAUCUUGACAAGAGCUGGACCAUAAUCCAAGAGCGGCUGCAGAUGGACUCCAUGGUUAUCAAAGGCCUUGAUCCAGACACCAACUACCGGUUUGCUGUGAGAGCCAUGAAUGCCCAUGGCUUCAGCCCACGCAGCCGGCCCAGCAACACCAUCCGAACCCUGGGCCCGGAGGAGGCAGGAAGUGGCCGCUAUGGACCUCGGUAUAUCACCAGUACAGGAGUGAAUGAGGAUGAUGACGGAUCUGAAGAUGAACUGGAUCUGGAUGUGUCCUUUGAGGAGGUUAAACCACUUCCUGCUACCAAAGCUGGGAGUAGGAAGGUCUUGAUAGAAUCCAAGAAGACUUCUCUCUCUAACCCAGAGAUGGGUUCCAGGCUUGCACAACCUACCCCAGCAUCUCUCCCUGAAACUACAGUGGCCAUCCCACACACCCCUGCCCAGCGGAAGGGGAAGAACAGUGUGGCCAUGAUGUCAAGGCUCUUUGACAUGUCCUGUGAUGAAACUCUCUGCUCCGCUGACAGCUUCUGUGUCAAUGACUACACCUGGGGAGGCUCACGAUGUCACUGCAACCUGGGCAAAGGGGGCGAGGGCUGCUCGGAAGAUAUCUUUAUCCAGUAUCCUCAGUUCUUUGGCCACUCCUACGUAACCUUUGAGCCUCUGAAGAACUCUUAUCAGGCAUUUCAGAUCACUCUGGAAUUCAGGGCAGAGGCAGAGGACGGCUUACUGCUCUACUGUGGGGAGAAUGAACACGGGAGAGGUGACUUCAUGUCCCUGGCUCUCAUCCGACGCUCCCUCCAGUUCAGGUUUAAUUGUGGAACCGGGAUUGCCAUCAUCAUAAGUGAGACCAAAAUCAAACUUGGAGCCUGGCACACAGUGACAUUGUACAGAGAUGGGCUGAACGGGCUGCUGCAGUUGAAUAACGGCACCCCGGUGACAGGCCAGUCCCAGGGCCAGUACAGUAAAAUUACCUUCCGGACACCUCUGUACCUCGGUGGCGCUCCCAGCGCUUACUGGCUGGUGAGAGCAACGGGGACAAACCGUGGCUUCCAAGGCUGCGUGCAGUCACUUGCUGUCAAUGGCAAGAGGAUUGACAUGAGACCCUGGCCACUGGGAAAAGCCCUCAAUGGAGCUGAUGUAGGGGAAUGCAGCAGUGGAAUCUGUGAUGAAGCCUCCUGCAUCAAUGGAGGAACCUGUGCAGCCACCAAAGCUGACUCCUACAUCUGCCUCUGUCCCCUGGGGUUCAGAGGUCGGCACUGUGAAGACGCAUUCGCCCUGACCAUCCCUCAGUUCAGAGAGUCGCUGAGGUCCUAUGCUGCCACACCCUGGCCCCUGGAGCCCCAGCAUUAUCUUUCUUUCACGGAGUUCGAGAUCACUUUUCGGCCAGACUCAGCGGAUGGUGUCCUUCUGUACAGCUAUGACACGGGCAGCAAGGACUUCCUGUCUAUCAAUAUGGCUGAGGGCCACGUGGAAUUCCGCUUCGACUGUGGUUCUGGGACUGGAAUUCUCAGGAGUGAGGAUCCCCUCACCCUCGGCCAAUGGCACGAGCUGCGUGUGUCUCGCACAGCGAAGAACGGUAUCUUACAGGUGGACAAGCAGAAGGCGGUAGAGGGAAUGGCAGCGCUAGCCUUUGACUUGACGAUGAUGAUGGUGCUGCUGCUGGUGGUGGUGGCCGUGGCGACGAUGACAAAUCGAUCUGACAACUCUGACGAGCACUUAUUGAGUAUUCACUAUUUGCUCAGUUCAGUGCCAGAUUCGGCGCGGUGCAAGUCCGCGCCCACGCGGGCAGCAGCAGGGUUGACCCUGGGCUGGCACGGGCGGCGCGAGCCCGAGCAGCGCUGGCCCCAGAGCCGGGGACGCGCCCCCCCUUCCCUCCCCCGCACGCGCUCCAGGCUGCCGCGCCGCGCCCCCGCACUCACCGACCGCUCCCGCGCCGCUAUCUUGCCAUCCCAGCCGGCCGCCGCCCCGGGGGGCAGUCCGGACCCUGCAACCCGGGACUUGCAAUCGCGAAGCAGCCAGCCCGACAACAGCCGCGGUUCCGGUGUCCCCGUCGUCCCCCGCGCAGGUCGGCUCCAGCGGCCACCGGCGACGGGCUGCCGCUGCCCUCUCACAACCCCCCGAGAGCCACCGCAGCGCCAGGCGACGAUAACGGCCGCGGCCACAGCCGAGACGCUCCGGCGCGGACUGCGCGCCCGGAGGCGGCGCCAGCAAGAAGCUUGGCAGGGGGCGCAGCACCCAGGCCCCGCCCAGGCCCCGCCCCGCGCGCCCCGGACUCUCCCCCCCCCCCCGCACCCCCCCCUUCGCCGGCCCUGCGGCGCGCACCGGGCGCGGGCCCGCGAGGUCGCGCGUGAGUCGGAGCCUCUGGGUCGGUCGGUCGGUCGGUCGCGCGCGGGCCCGGCGCCCAGGGUGGUGCCUCUGCUGAGGCUCGGGUCGCGCGGCCAGCCUUGCAAGGUCACAGAGCCGCGGGAGAGAGCGCAGCCGCCCUGCCGGUGCAAAGCCUCAGGAAAGGCCGGCCCAGCCCAGGCGGCCCUGCGGGAACCAGCGCGGCUCCCAUACCGCUGUCACUGCGCGAUGCAAACCUUGCAGGGAGGAGGAAACCGAAGUCGCCCCGAAAAUGCACACGGACGCCCAUUCCUGCCUUAG